AUGGGCGCAGGAGGAAUUUUUCCGGAAGAGAGCGUCAAAGCAGUAAAUGAGAUUAUUGCUCGCUUGAUCAAAGCCUACCGAGAGGGAAAAGACGUUGAUUUAAACCGCCUUAAGAGCAAAGUUUCUUCAACCUAUGCUUUAAGUCGUCAGCCAAAACUGAUGGAUAUCAUCGCUGCAGUGCCUGCGGAACAUCGGAAUUGGCUGGUGCCGAAACUUAAAGCUAAGCCAAUUCGGACAGCCAGUGGUAUAGCUAUUAUCGCCGUUAUGUGUAAACCUCAUCGCUGUCCUCACAUAAAUUUCACAGGCAAUAUUUGUGUAUACUGUCCUGGCGGACCAGACUCUGACUUUGAAUAUAGUACUCAAUCUUACACGGGUUAUGAGCCAACUUCAAUGCGAGCAAUCCGUGCGCGUUACAAUCCUUUUCUGCAGACGAGAAGUCGAAUAACACAACUUAUGCAGCUUGGACAUAAUGUUGACAAAGUGGAAUUCAUAGUAAUGGGCGGUACUUUCAUGUCACUACCAGAUGAUUAUCGCGAUUAUUUUAUUCGGAAUCUUCAUGACGCAUUGACUAGUCAUACUAGUAGCAAUGUAUCUGAGGCGGUUGCAUUCAGUGAACGAAGCCGAGUGAAAUGUAUUGGAAUAACGAUUGAAACUAGACCUGAUUAUUGUUUGCCGAAACAUUUGGAUGAAAUGUUAAGCUAUGGCUGUACAAGGCUGGAAAUUGGUGUUCAAUCAGUAUACGAAGAUGUUGCUAGGGACACGAAUAGAGGCCAUACUGUGAAAGCAGCAUGUGAAUGUUUUGAAAUAGCAAAAGAUACGGGUUACAAAGUGGUAAUACAUAUGAUGCCCAAUCUCCCUAAUGUUGGAAUUGAACGAGACAUGGAACAGUUUAUUGAGCUUUUUGAAAAUCCAGAAUUUCGACCAGAUGGUCUUAAAAUAUAUCCAACAUUAGUCAUUCGCGGCACGGGCUUGUAUGAACUAUGGAGAACGGGUCGUUAUAAAAGUUAUCCGCCAGAGGUUUUGGUGGAUUUAACGGCCAGGAUUCUGGCUCUGAUUCCUCCAUGGACUCGUGUUUAUCGUGUACAACGUGAUAUACCAAUGCCGCUUGUAACUAGUGGAGUGCAAUAUGGAAAUCUUCGUGAACACGCUCUUGCACGUAUGAAACAGCUUGGUACUUCAUGUCGGGAUGUUAGAACACGUGAAGUUGGAAUUCAGGAAAUACAUAACAAAAUCCGUCCUUACCAGAUUGAGCUUAUUCGAAGGGACUAUGUCGCUAAUGGUGGAUGGGAAACGUUUCUUUCUUACGAGGAUCCAGAACAGGAUAUUUUGGUUGGGUUGUUAAGAUUGCGAAAGUGUGCCGACAAAGUUUAUCGGUUGGAACUGAAGGGUGGAGUAUCAAUCGUUCGUGAGCUGCAUGUUUAUGGUUCGGUAGUGCCAGUAUCGGCUCGAGAUCCAUCCAAAUUCCAGCAUCAAGGAUUCGGACAACUAUUGAUGGAAGAAGCAGAACGGAUCUCCAAAAAUGAACAUUGUAGCAAUAAAUUAGCAGUUAUUUCUGGUGUAGGUACUAGGAAUUAUUAUCGGAAAAUGGGAUACGAAUUGGAUGGUCCUUAUAUGUCGAAAUCGUUGUAA